AUCCCUGCAGUCCUUAGCAGCCGGUUGUCUUAGUCAAUUUUCCGUGAUGUUCCAGCGAAUCAAUUUCUAUUUAAUAUGUUUCGGGUUCGGUGUCAGUGUUCUUCUUAUACUAGCUGGAAGUCGAUUUACAGAUAACGCAGUUUAUCGCCCAGGCUUUGAAAGCCACAGGAACAUCAAGAACUACAUGAAAACGGAAAAGGAAGAACUACAAGUUAUACCUACGAUUCUUUCCAGUGGAUUGCCAGACAUAGACAAAAUACUGAACAAAACUAAAGAGAAAAUAAAAUUAGAAUUGGCAAAUUAUAACUUCACAUAUUCAGGUGUUCGUCGAUUAGAAGACUUGACAAUAGAGACAGGAGGACAGCCGAUACGAAGUAUAAUUAUUUCUACUUGGAGGUCCGGAACCACUUUUCUCGGCGAUAUAUUGAAUGCUAUGCCAGGCAACUUCUACCACUACGAGCCUUUACUGCGUUACGAUAUUAUUCAAAUCAGAGGUCCACCUCAUUCAAAGUCAGCAAUGAGCACGAUCAAAAACAUGUUAAAAUGCAACUUUGAUAAUAUGGAAGAAUAUUUUGACUAUGGGAAAGAGCACUUGAACCAAUUCACCCAUAAUAUACGACUAUGGGACCAUUGUAAAUAUAAGAAAGAGCUGUGUUUUGAUAGCAACUUCACUUCGAGAUUAUGUAAGCUGUUCCCCUUCCAGAGCAUGAAAGUUGUCCGCAUCAGGUUAAGACUCAUUCGUGAAUUAUUAGAGGAUAAAGAAUUGAAAUUCAAAGUGAUACUCAUGAUAAGGGAUCCAAGAGGAGUGAUGGAGUCGAGGCAACAUCGAGAUUUUUGCCCACCAAAUCCAGACUGCUGGAAUCCGGAGCUCAUGUGUGCUGAUAUGAUUAGCGACUAUGUGUCUGCUAGUCGACUACUGAAGGCAUACCCUGACCGUCUAACGGUGCUGCGUUACGAAGAUCUAGCUUUGAACGUCAACGAAACAGUGAAGGAGCUGUUCAAAUUUUUAGGUUUGAACAUGACGCCCUCGGUAAUGAAAUUCCUUAACUCGCACACUAACAAGAAUGUCGGUGGCCCCAGCUCCACUUUCAGGGUGUCACGUGACGUACCUUUUAAAUGGAAAACUGCCCUCGAUUACAAUCACGUGGAAGAAAUACAGAUGACAUGCAAAGAAGCAAUGGAUUUGUGGGGUUACGAAAUGGCACAUAACGCCUCACACAUGAACAGCAAGUCGUUCAAUCCCUUGAAGCAAUACGUAAUCGAAGAGUGACCUUCUAAACCUGGUGCGGAUUAGUUAGUUAUGUACUAAUUAAAGAGCUCCUUUACAUUUUUGUAGAUGUAGUUCUAUUGACUUCGAACAUGAGCCGAUUGCAAGACUUAUAGGAUAGAAACGUCGAAGUGAAGAAAGCAGUCGCGCUUUACAAGUAACAGUAUUACACGCACUUACAAUUAUCAUACAAACAUUGAAAGGAAUGAAUGAAAACACCUGAUAAACUGUUCUGAACUAUAUUGAUGACAUAAAUCAGUGGCAACUAUUGUCGACUUAAUACAGACAUCCGGGGAGCGCCACAUUCAUACCACUCAAUUGUAUUUUUACAAAGACACCCAUGGCACCAAUUCCGUAUGUGAUCUUGCGUAGUGGCUAUUCUAGGCUACUUAACACAGUCAUCUCUUAAGGGUGUUAUUUUUUAUGGUUUCACCCCGGAUCCAGGAUAAGUUAAAAAAAUAACUAGUAUUAGCUUAAAAUACCUAAACAACUACAA